CCCUUUGCAAAGCUUGUCACGUUUCUGCGGAUAAAGACUCUGAAGACAGCGUGAAAUCUUUCCUGAAGUCACUGAUAAGUUGGCUGCGAGACGGAAGUUCAUUUUUUGCUGACGGUAUGACUAGAGCCUUCUCCGGCGCCAUUUCCGGCGGUGGCAGUGGACCGGAUACGAUUGCUCUCGAUGCAGCGAUAAUAAUAAUUGAGAAUAUCCUGGCCACUAGCAACACCAAUAGUAAGCUCGUGGAAACCCUCGAGAAGUUGAUCGACCUCCGAGACGUCGUGAAUAAUAGAAAGCAGCGCAACGGAAGUCGGGCGAACGCGGACCUGAAUUCAGAACGUGUCGGCAUGGAAAAUGAACGGUCACUAGCACAAGGCCAAGACUCGGAACCGGCUGUUACUGAGCGCGACUUCCAUAACAAGAACUGCUUAAAGCUUGGGCAUCUCUGCGGCUUUUACCGAGACUCCUGCUGCGCGCGCGAUACUGAAUACGACUCAAACGCGCCGCUCUACUGCAUCAGGCUUUCCGGCGGCGGAAAUUUCCUCCUGAUUUGACCGUUACGGGUACUGCGUGCCAAGCUACGACUCCUACAAGUGCGAAGAUAUGCAGAUGAUAUACAAACUUGAACAUCGUUAAUCGGCCGUUGCACCGAAAAUGCCGCAAUUUACGUGUAGGCGCCUGCUAGCGCGGUUUGUUGUGUCUUUAUCAUAAGCUCGUUUGACAACACUUUAAACGAUGUUCUUCACGCGC